AUGGCCCCAUCUUCGACAAGCUCCCCCGCCUCGUUCAGCGGAAAUGCUCGUCCGGCUCAUGUUACAUCGCUGAGCGGCAAGGUACAGGGCUUGAAGUUCAUGCAACGCGCGGCAGCUGUCCAGCAGCAGUCCAGACAGGAUGAGGACGAGCGACCCGUCGAGAGCAAGGGAAAUGCACCGUCUUCGAAGGAGGCCAAGCCAGACGAAGAGGCAGUCAAGGCUUCGACGGCUGCCACACCCGCGAUUGCGACGUCGAUAGAUGGCAACGAGGAGCACUGGUCUUUCGCCCCUUCGACGUCCAGAGCAGCAGCCAUUCUAGACGAGGAUCAGCACGCACAGGGAUGGGACUCGUGGCUUCUCUCGUCCAGCAGCGGCAGCAGCAGCAGCGGUGGAGCUUCCAAGUCAUCCGUAGGACAAACAGGCACAGCGAGAAGGAAAUUUGGGCGCUUCCAGGGGGAAGAGGAUCCGGAGCAGGAAGACGACGAGGAGAACUCAGAGCAGCAGCAGGGCCGGAGCAGAGGAGGACGAGGACCUCGUGCAUCGGGAGCCUCUUCCUCCUCUGCAGGCAAGCGACGCAAACGUGAUGAUGAAGAUGGACUGGAGCCCGCCUUUGAUCAAGACACGAGCAGUAGCCGGCACUCUGGCCCUGUCACCAUGAGGGAUAAGAAGGCUAAGCAGGACAAGGGGAGCAAGAAGGCAAAGAAGGCUGCGGCAGAAGGGAAUGAGGGUUUCAGGAAGCCGAAGAGCUUCAAGGAUGAAGAAGACGAUGCUUCUUUGGAGGCAAGCUUGCUCGACGAAUCUUUUGCUGAUCAGGAUCGUGGAGAUGACCUCGAGGAGGACAGAGGGACGGGUUCAACGACGGCGACCGGGUCGAAGAAGCAGAAAAAGAGUAGGAGGAAGAAGAAUAAGGGAAAGACAGCAGGGGCAUGA